AUUUGAAUGAAAAAUUAUUCAAAGAUGGAAUUAUUAAUGAGGAUGGAUCAUUAACAAUACUGAACGCUAGUGAAUCACAUCGUGGUCAUUUCAAAUGUGUUGCUGAAAAUGAAGUCGGUAGUGAUGAACGAAUCAUUAUACUAACCGUUCAUACUGCACCGACAAUCGAAGGAUCCGGGCAGGAAAUUCGAUUUCCAAGUGAUGGCUCAAUCCAAAUAGUAACACCACAAAUGAAUCAUGCGGGUAAAUACACUUGUCAUGUAUCAAACUUGGCAGGUGACGAUCAUAUCACUUAUUUGCUCAAGAUUCAAGAACCGCCUUUGAUCAUAUCAGAUAUUCCUGAUGCUAUCGAUGUGAUUCACGGUAUGAUGUUGGAAAUACCAUGUCGUGCUGUUGGUACACCAGAUCCGACGGUCACCUGGGAGAAGGACGGUUUUCCGAUCAUCUCGGAUGAAGUGAUGGGAAUUGACGCCUCUGGAACACUUCAUAUUGACGUCGCUCAAUCGUUCCAUCAGGGUGAAUAUCAAUGUGUGGCUUCGAAUCCGGCCGGAAAAGACCAACGCAGAACGGUUAUUAGCGUACAAGAGCCACCAGUGAUAUCACCAACGACAUUGUCAGACUACACGACGGUUGAAGGUGAUCGAAUCGAAAUGAGGUGUUUGGCUAACGCGAAUCCACCUCCGGUCAUCACAUGGUCUAGGAAAGGUAUUCCUGUCUCGGAGGAUAUGGUUGGAAUUCAUGUCACUGAGGACUCAGAACAGAAGAUUCUUUGUGGAUCUUCUCUGCAUCAACAUGCUGGUGAAUUGAAUUACGAGCCAAAAAUAAUUUCAGAUGGAACCCUAGUCAUAGAGAAUGUUGUGAAUGAUGACGCAGGGCACUACACUUGUAAGGCGUCGAACGCAGCCGGUGAUGCUGAUAAGGUGAUACGCCUUAGCGUCAUUAUCCCACCAGAUAUACCAGAUCAAGAUACUAUUGCGAGUGAAGCUGUCGUUGUUGGACAGCCUUUCAGUCUUUACUGUCCGGUAUUUUCAACUCCACUGCCUCAGAUAUCGUGGCAUUUGGACGAUCAUCCGGUGGCUGACGGUGAUCCAAAUAUCCAAUUAUCUGACGAUAAACGACAUCUACAUGUGCUCAGGUCGAGACCCACUGAUACAGGCAACUACAAGUGUGUUGCAAGGAAUCCUGCCGGUGAAUCAUCAAAAUCAUUUCAAGUGGAAAUUCUUGGUAAUUUUUUUUAA